UCAGGCAAGCAAACGGUUAUUGUUAUCAAAUUGUUUUCUCCAGAUCAAAAAUAAAAGAAAUCAGAUGUUUGAUUAUCUUUUGAUGGAAGAUUAAACUCCUGCUCAGUAUAGAUGCUUGUGAGGUUUUUAAGUAUCAGCUGCUGCUGGAUAUCCUCCGUUCAAGAUGUCUUCAUGUUCAACUGCUGUAUCAGCUGAAGUUGGGGACUUCAAUCAUCCAAAUGUUCUACCCGCCGAGGCAAGCUUGUCCAAAAGCAGUGAAACUCCCUUGGAACAUAAGAAUGAUGAGAAAGAGGAUGAGGAUGAGAACAAGGAUGAGGAUGAGGAUGUAGAUUUCCAACCUUUUCUGAAAGAAACUCCUUCUCUUGAAGCUUCUUCAAGCCUGAGCUCUGAAAUUGAAGGUUUGGAUGCUGAUGUUGCUGACAGUGGGAAAAACACUUGUGCAGCAUUAGUAAAUAAUUCAAUGUCAAAGCCAUCUGAUUCAGUUCAAGACUAUGCUGUUGGAGAUUCUGAGCAUGGCGAGGAGAUUGUGAUGCAGACCACAAUUUCUUCCGAAGGGGCAUGUGAAAAAGUCUCAGAAAACACUUCUUCCACAAAGCUUAUUGAGAGAAGGCCAGUUUUGAUUUCUCAACUUGAAGAAGAAACAUGUAUUGAAAAAAAUGGUUCAAGCAGCAGAACAGAUGUUGUUAAUGAUGUGAUCGGACAGGUUGACAAUACUGCACAUUCUAGGAAGCUUAACAUGCAUACAGAUGCUGAAGAUGCAAUCUGUAUGCGCACUAGAGCUCGCUAUUCACUUGCCAGUUUUACACUUGACGAACUUGAAACUUUUCUUCAAGAAACAGACGACGAUGAUGACCUUCAAAAGGUUGAUGAUGAAGAAGAGUACAGGAAAUUUCUUGCAGCUGUUUUGCAAGGUGGAGAUGGCAGCUGUCAGAUUUUACAAGACAAUGAAAAUGUUGAUGAGGAAGAUGAAGACAAUGAUGCAGACUUUGAGCUAGAAAUUGAAGAGGCGCUUGAGAGUGACCUUGAUGAAAAUACCAGGGAUAAGACCCAUGAACAGGAUUAUGAGGCAGUUGGUCGACGGCCGAAGACCAGACGAAAUAGGCGCCAGAAAGAUUCUGUUAAGCACAAGAAAAAGCUGUUGGGGCAGUUGAAUAGGCCAUUACGCCCCCUCUUACCUAUUGCCCCAGCUCCAUCUUUCAAGGUUUUUGAUGGGAAAAGUUUGAUGCCUAAGAAUGCUCGACAAUGUCUGCUUUCCUCUGCAAAUAAUGGCUCUGUAAAUGGGUUUAGUCCUCAUCAAAUAGGCCAGUUACAUGGUUUAAUACAUGAGCAUGUGCAACUUCUUAUUCAGGUUUUUUCUGUAUGUGUUCUUGAGCCUGCUCGACAGCGUAUUGCGUCCGAACUUCGGGGAUUGAUUUCAGAGAUGCUUCAUACACGUGAUCAAGUAUUAUCAUGGAGAAGGGUACCAUAUCCCAGUUUUUGUUUUUGUGGUCCACACAUUCAUCCAUCAGUGUCAGAUGGAUAUCCAAAAAAUUUGCCUGCACAGGGUACCUUUGAAUCGUCUUCAAGUUUUGAUCCACAGAGAGAGUGCUCUUCGGUAAAUAAUAUGUUGCCCCUUUAUAAUAUCAUAUCCCCUUCUAAAGGAAGACAUGAAUGUUUUUCUCAUGGGCAGGUGGGUCGCUUUCCAACUACUGAAGGCUCCUUCUGGAUGCCUUAUAUAAGUGGUCCUAUACUAUCUGUGCUGGAUGUAGCUCCACUUGCAUUAGUUGGCAGCUACAUAGAUGAUGUUUCUACUGCUGUGCAAGAUUAUCAGUGCCGAUAUCUGGAAGUUAGUGGUGAUAAUCGCUUUCAAAGGGAACCAUUGUUUCCCCUUCAUAGUUUUCAUUCUUCAGAAGAAGCUAAUGGUCAAGUUUCUAGAGGAAUUGUCCCUCCAGCUUCCAAGAUGGUGCUUUCUUCUUCUGCAAGUGAUCAAAUGCCUAGGAAGACAAUGGCUGCUGCACUUGUUGAAAGGGCCAAAAAGCAAUCAGUUGCUCUUGUUCCAAAGGAAAUUGCUAAGUUAGCCCAUAGAUUUUUUCCGCUGUUUAAUCCAGCCCUAUAUCCACAUAAGCCACCCCCUUCACCUGUAGCAAAUCGGGUGCUUUUCACCGACGCAGAGGAUGAGUUAUUAGCAAUGGGGUUGAUGGAGUACAAUACAGACUGGAAGGCCAUUCAGCAGCGCUUUCUUCCUUGCAAAUCUAAGCAUCAGAUAUUUGUCAGGCAGAAGAAUCGUUCAUCUUCUAAAGCACCGGAAAAUCCAAUAAAGGCAGUUCGGAGGAUGAAAAAUUCUCCCUUGACUGACAAAGAGAAAGCCCGUAUCGAAGAGGGGUUGAAGGUUUUUAAACUUGACUGGAUGUCCGUAUGGAAGUUUGUUGUCCCUUAUAGAGAUCCUUCUUUGCUACCCCGGCAGUGGCGCAUUGCUACUGGAACUCAAAAGUCAUACAAAAUGGAUGCUGAUAAAAAGGUGAAGCGGCGAUUAUAUGAAUCAAAAAGAAGAAAGAGCAAACCUGCAGCUGCGAGUUGGCAUACGUCAUCUGGAAAAGAGGACUACAGUACUGAUAAUGCUGGUGAAGAAAAUAAUAGUGCAGAUGACUGCAUGGAUAAGGAAGACGAAGCCUAUGUUCAUGAGGCGUUUUUUGCAGAUUGGAGACCUGGUAACUCCAGCGUUUCUCUGAAACAUCCUGACUCAGGCUGGGGAGAAAAAAAUCCACCCACUGUUCUACAUUCAGUAGAAAAUUCUCUUGUCAGGGAACAAAUGAAUAGUGGGUGUGGAAUCUCUCAACCUCAAAUUGGUCAGGAGCUUCCAUCUGCUUUCAGGUCCUCCAACUCCGAAGUAUGUGUUCGACCAAAUCGAGCUCGUAGUGCUAACAAUGCCUUCCUAGUCAAAUUAGCUCCGGAUUUGCCGCCUCUAAAUCUUCCACCAUCAGUUCGUGUAAUGUCCCAGUCAGCUUUUAAAACCUAUCAAGGUGGAGCAUUUACUAAGGUAUCUGAUACUGAGGCUUGUAGUGGCAUUCCUGGCACAGAAAAUAUAGUUCCAAACCCUGCGUCUGUUGUGAAGUCAGGGACCAAUUAUCCAGAAAAGGCUGUACAAAAUAGGAAUAAUCUGCUGAAAUCAAGUAUUAGCAAUCAAGGUUCUGGAGUCCUCAGGGAUAAAUGUUUUUCAGAAGAAAAAGAUGGGUCAGGUCUUCAGAUGCAUCCUUUAUUGUUCCAGGCCCCGGAAGAUGGUUGUCUGCCAUAUUACCCAUCAAACAGCAGUACUAGUAAUCCUUGUCCUUUCAAUUUCUUCCCGGGGAACCAGCCCCAUUUGAAUCUGAGUCUCUUUCGUAAUCCUCACCAAGUAAGCAACACCGCUAAAUUUUUUGACAAGUCUUUGAAGUCUAAGGUAACUGCUACCUCCUCAGCACUUGGUUUUGAUUUCCAUCCACUUCUGCAAAGAACCGACAAUGUAAAUUGUGACUCAGUAGCCCUACACUCAACUGCCCAGCCAUCUGUUACUUCAGAACCAUUAAGGGGCAUAGGUGCUCCAUUUCAGAAUCCAUUUGAUGCUUUCCUGGCUAAGUCACACAUCAACAGUCGUCCAAGUGCUACAUGUGCUAAACUUUCUAGUCCUAAUAGAGAGAGUGAGGAACCUGACUUGGACGUUCAACUGAGUUGCAAAUAUAGUAAGCCAAAAGCUGUGGGAAGCAGAAAUGCAUGUGAACACAAUCCAGUGGUGUCAAUAAUUAGUGUUUCAGAAGCUGGAAACUCAGAAUUUGAAAAAAACACAACAAAUUCAUUGGAUCACUGCAGUUCAUAUGUGCCAACAGCUUCUACUUCAAAGGGACUCGGUCAGAAUCUUGAUUCUGGUGCCCAUGCAUCUGUCAAAUCCAGCAAUGGGAGAAAUGAAAACAAUGUCGAUAUUGUAGGUGACUUGUCUCUUCCAGAAAUCGUGAUGGAACAGGAAGAGUUAAGUGAUUCUGAUGAAGAAAUUGGAGAAAAUGUAGAGUUUGAGUGUGAAGAGAUGGCUGACUCUGAGGGAGAAGAGGGAUCUGAUUCUGAACAGAACCUCAACAUACAAAAUAAGGCUGCAAAAGUUGCCACAGAUGUAGAUAUCAAUCAUUCACAAUGUGAACCAAGUACGUAUGUCACUUCGGAAGGCAACGCCUGUGGCCCCUCAGAAGGCAGCACAAUUAAGUUGGGUUUGACUGACCAAGAGGAGGAGAAUAACCCGUGGAGUUCUUUAUGCUUGGAUCUGAAUUCAUGCCCUCCAGGUUCUCUACCUACAAAGCCUAACCUUGCAAUGCAUAGAUAUUGUUCUGCUGGCCAACUCAAGGCUCCGGCUCAUUCCAAUCGAUGUUGCACAAAUACACUACAAAGUACAAAACAUGGUACACUGCAGAAGCAUGCUGUAAGCACACCACAACCGCCCUGUCUCGAUUCUGUUACUGUUGCUUCAUUGAGGAAACCACGAAAACGUGCAUGCAUAACUGAUUCUAGUGUAUGCACUGGUCGAGCCAAAAGGAGGGAUUUGAAUGUGAAUACUGACACAACUGAAGAAAGCUCGAACCGUGAUAAAAAUGAUGAAUCUGGUUAAUUGUAGCUUUGUUUGUGCAUAUGUUAGGUUUAGUUGAUGGCCUUAAAUUGGUUGUUGGAUGUGCUGUGUUGCAUGUCAGCAGCCCGAGUAGAAUAUGAGAUGGUGGCAUCAAAUCUCAGGUAGCCAAGUAGGUGGAAAAAAAAAAGCAAUCUGUUGUCAACUUUCCCAGCUACUAACAAGGCUUCAAAGGGAAUGUGUGCCUUUUUGUGUAUCUGCUGUUGAUAUAAUUGUAUAGAUUAAUGCCUUUAAUGAAGCUUUUGUGAUGUCCAACUCUCUAUAUUUGAGUUGGUCAACUGUUCUCCACCCGAGCUUACAAUUUUACUGCUUUCUGAUUGUAAUCAAGAUUAAAGAUCAAGUUCGGACAUGCCACUUGUGCGUUAUUGUCAGUCAGGUGACAAGUACAUAGUAAUCGGACAAGCUGC